UCAAUCGAUGCAUAUUUAGAAGAUCUUGAACAAGAUGUUGUUGAUUUAGCAUGUGAUGCAGCUAUUUUUGCAAGAACAAAAAUGUAUAAAAAUAACAACUUAGCUUGUAGAUUUAUCCUUGAGCAAUAG